UCGAUACUUAACCGCUAUCGAUAGAUUCACAGCACAGCUGAUCCGCCGAUAGUCCGCGAAGCUUCUGCCAGUUGUUGUUGUUGUCGCGUUUCGCUUGUUAUUGCACACAAGAGGCGAAAAAGGGAGAGAAGCAUCACUGGCGCGGCAUAACAAUUAACAAAAUGGAAUAAUUGCAUUAUUGUCGCUGUGGAAAAUCAGUUAAGUGCGCCUUUUAUAGCCAAUGCAGCAGCAAAACACAUGAGCUAUUGGCGUGUGACGUCAUCGUUUCUGCUAGCCAGGGCACGGCCACGCCUCCCACAAACACUACGCCCACUGACCACCAUGACCGAAUGCCGGAAAAGCACGAGCAUCACAACGAACCACACCAUUCUGUGCGCGAAAAAAAUCAGCAAGAAGCACUUGUUUCUGGAGAAGAGGAGCAUGUCGGGUGGUUCGGAGAACUCCAAGGACGAGGCAUCCCAGGACAACCUAAAUCCACACAAGCUGACGUCCGAGAACCGCUUGGCCAUUGAGGAGAGGCAAAGGAAGGCGUUCGCCUUCUUUGCCGAAACCCUGCAAAUCUACGGCGUGGAGGAGCUGAUAUUCUGCUUCAACGGCGGCAAGGACUGCACCGUGCUGCUCGAUCUCCUCAUGCGUUUCCUUCGCGAGCAGAACAUCUCCAGCGGCGACAUUCCCAUGCUGUAUAUCAAAUCCGGCGAUUCCUUUCCGGAAAUCGAUGAUUUUGUCGAGCGCUGCGUUUGCAACUAUGGCGUCGAGCUGAUCCAGUACGAGGGCUCGCUCAAGGAGGCACUCACCCACAUGUCCGCGGACAUGCCGCGCAUCCGGGCCGUCUUCGUGGGCAGCCGCAGCACGGAUCCCUACUGCCAGCACUUGGCGCCCAUGCAGCCCACGGACAACGACUGGCCGCCGCUGAUGCGUCUGAACCCGCUGCUGGAGUGGAGCUACCACGACGUCUGGCACUACAUCCACAUGAACUCGGUGCCCUACUGCAGCCUGUACGACCGCGGCUACACCUCGAUCGGCAAUCGCUCGAACACAGUUCCCAAUCCGCAGCUCAGACGCACCGAUGACCAGUGCGCGUGUGCCGCCGAUGCCGAUGCCGUCUCCUGCGAUUCUCCGCAUCCUCCCAAUGAUCCGAAUGACUAUCGGCCCGCCUGGGAGCUGCAGGACGCCACCAUGGAGCGCGCUGGCCGGCUGCCCAGGAAGUAGGACCCGUGGACCUUGGGCCUUGGGCCACCCGAUUCUAGCUCCUUGAUUCCAACACAAAUCGCUGUGCCGAGCGCAUGCAGGCGUGGUUGUAGUGCAAUUUAUAGCUUAAACUGUAAUUCGUCAAUGGUUCGCGGUAAACAAACUUAAUUUAGCAAUAUUUUUUUGUACAACCCUAGCUACUAAGGCUGCUUAAUAAAUGUGGCCUUCGUCAGCAGGCCGGCCACUUGAGCAGGG